AUGACGCAUGCAUAUAUAGGUCGGUCGGUUCGUGAUCGCCCUAAUAAAGCUGUGGAUCCUAGUAGAGUAGUAGUGUUGCUCACACAAGCUGUGCCCCUUUCUCGGGCGCCGCCGUCCGCCGUCGAGAUGAGCUCGACCCCUGACCCCGAUGCUCCUCCCAGGGAGGUGGAGAGGAGGAUCACCUACUCGAGGGAGUCCCUGCUCUCUGUUCGUGAGGCCCGGCGCCACAAGCUGCCUGCUGCCAUCGGUGCAUGCAAGCGGGAGGUCGAAGCGGCAUCACACAUGUGGUGGGAGUCGGAACCGCGGGGUGGAAGCAAAUCAGAGCCGCCUCGAACCAGCAAAUCGAAGAAGAUGUGCACCAGGUUUUUCAGCGCCGGCGACUGCCCCUUCGGCGAGGACUGCCGUUACCUCCAUCGCGUCCCCAACGGCCACCACGAACCCAACCAGACUGUCACCAAGAAGAUGAGCAGCCUGGACCUAGGCGGCGACGAGGCUCAACCACGGACGCCCGUGUCUGCCACUGCACCAGCUACCGUCAAGACCCGGCUCUGCAAGAACCACGGCGCGCCGGACGGGUGCAAGUGGGGGGACAGGUGCCACUUCGCGCACGGCGACGGCGAGCUCGGCAAGCCCAUGGGUCCCGGGAGCAGCUUCAAGACCAGGCUGUGCGUGAGCUUCGUCGCCGGCGGGUCAUGCGCCUUCGCCGGCAGGUGCCACUUCGCCCAUGGCAAGGAGGAGCUGCGCAGGCCAGACGCGUCUUGACCCUUGAGAGCCUAACAUCAAAACGUUCCUGCUCUUUCUCAUGGUGUUUGUGAUGAUCGCUUGUCGACUGUUUCUCAGAAAUGCCUAAACAGAAGCUCUGCAUCUCCUGUCGUUAGACAGGCCCAUAAGUUUUUUGCCUAUUCCUGCCGUAUCCAAUGGUUUACCAGUUCAGUGGAGGAAUGAUCUAAAGGCAAGACUAAAAAUGGAGUUGAAAGAAGUCAAUUGUUGUCAAAAUUACAGACUAUGGAUAUGAAUUUUCGUUCAGCUAGAAGCAAACCUUUAUCCUUUUCUUUACCAGCACAAGCAUAUUACGGUGAGCAUUAUACAAGUCCGAUCCAAGAACAUUAUUUAAGUCGACUGAU